AUGUCGACUAGAAAGUUUCGCAAAUCUAUUGGCUUUGUGACAGACCGACAUUUUAGAAGGAGGGUGAAGUGGGAAUUCGAAAGAAUAACCGCGGAAAAAAAGAAAGAAUUGACUCUUUCCAGUGUAAAUGAUAGUGCUGUUCAUCAUGUUGAAAUUUCAACAAGUGUCAGUACUCAGGAUGAUUUUGGAAUGCAAUUUAAUGAUCAUCACGAUCAAGCUUCUUCGAGCAUUAUGGAACUUGAUGGAACUCUGGAAUUACAGAAUGGUUCUCAUAUUACUGAAGAAUGUUCUGAUCUAGGUUCAGGAGAACAAUCUUCAACACCAAGGACAAGGACAACUUCUUCAAGCAUUAUGGAACUUGAUGGAACUCUGGAAUUACAGAAUGGUUCUCAUAUUACUGAAGAAUGUUCUGAUCUAGGUUCAGGAGAACAAUCUUCAACACCAAGGACAAGGACAACUUCUUCAAGCAUUAUGGAACUUGAUGGAACUCUGGAAUUACAGAAUGGUUCUCAUAUUACUGAAGAAUGUUCUGAUCUAGGUUCAGGAGAACAAUCUUCAACACCAAGGACAAGGACAACUUCUUCGAGCAUUAUGGAACUUGAUGGAACUCUGGAAUUACAGAAUGGUUCUCAUAUUACUGAAGAAUGUUCUGAUCUAGGUUCAGGAGAACAAUCUUCAACACCGAGGACAAGGACAAUUAGGAGAUGGAGACCUAAAAACCUCAGAAAAGAUUUUUGCAGUACCCCUAAGAUUGUCAAGUGCGUGUUAAAACAGUCACCUAUUCUGACACCAGUUUCCCGCAAAGUUAUUUUUUCAUAUUAAUUACAG